AUGAGAAGGAUUAAACUUAUGCCUUGUGAUCAAGAAUCGUCCUCCUUUUAUAGCUCCGAAGUAUAUCGCAACCUCCUCCGCGUAUCUCGUCCACGUGCAACUACCGAUCCCGCUAUUUCCGGAUCUGAACGAUCAAAGCUAGAUUCUCGUUUGACCCGUUCAAACUCAGCUUGCGGACUUGACUCCGUCGAGCUAGAGCUCGACUUCGUCUUCACAAGUAGCUCGGACAGUAAACAGCUGGAUUUUGGACAAGGAUAUUUGGCGGGCUCGAGGUCAUUUUACUGGGCCUGA